AUGACGAAGAACUUGGCCAGGAUUUCGACAACUUCGGCCACGGAGCUGCUUUUCCGGAUUGCGGUCGAGAAAGCGAUCGGACGCCCGCCCGGACGCACGGAUGGCGACCUCUUGCCUGCCGCCCAGGGUUUCUGCGAAUUACUAAAGGACGCGGUAGUCACCACGCUUCUCGUAGAAGAGGACGCCCCAACGCGAUCGGAGUAUGAUCCAAGCCCAGCGCGGAGCCCCGAGUGGGCCUGCCAGUUGCUUGAGUCGCUCUACUGUCUCGAAGUCCCCCCAGAAACUAUGGAGUCGGUAGUCGCUCACCUGCUCGCCAAGCCCCGGCUUCACGACAUGGGCAAAACAAUGCUUCCAGCAAUCGAGCCGCUCUUUGAGUGGUUAGGGGCCGAGCGCGCAAAGGACGCGCCCUGGUUUGUGAAACUCUGCCUGGGCUGCCUGGCCGAGCUGCGGGAAGAGGUCUGCGUGAAACCUCGCGAGCCGCGUAACUGGGCGAUGCCCGUCACGUGCGUUUGCAGCUGUAAGCGGUGUCAGGAGCUGGUGAAGCUGUGCCUCGAUCCGGCCCGUGCGUACUUGCUGAUGGAGGAAGUGACAGAAGACGAGGAGGCGCAUCUGCGGGACAGCGUGCAAAGGUACAAUCUGCCCAUCUCGCCGGAAGAGCGAGAUGGACAAACUGACCUUGAGUGGACAAAAGCGGGAUCCGAUAAGUUCCCGGAUCAAUCAGAAUUAAGGGGAGCGAUCUGGGAUCAAAGAAAGCUUGCGAUGAAAGCAAAGAAACUACGAGACAAUCGAGCCCUCAUCCGCAACAUGCUCGGUGACUUGCUGGGGGAGGGCUUAAAUUCAACUCGUGGAGUGUGA